AUGGAAUUCACAUAUAAUAAUAGCUAUCAGCCUGCAACUGGCACAUUGCCAUUUGAGGCCUUAUAUGGAAAGAGUUGCAAGUCUCCAGUAUGCCAGGGUGAGGUUGGUGAGAGGACGUUGCUAGGACCUGAAUUUGUGCAGGCAACGAAUGUGGCAUUACAGAAGAUCAGGGCUCGUAUGCAACCAUCUCAGAGCAGGCAGAAAAGCUAUGUCGAUGUAAGACGUAAGGACUUGGAAUUUGAGAUUGAUGUGAAAAUGUUUAUAAAAGUGGCACCUAUGAAAGGUAUUAUGACGUUUGGUAGGAAAGGGAAGCUGAGUAUGAGGAAGUAUGUGGAAGACCCGACCCAUGUAGUUGACUACGAGCCCUUAAAGUUGAAUGACAAUUCGAGCUACGAGGAGAAGCCCAUAGAGAUCCUCGCUAGAGAGGUAAUGUUUGGACAAUCGUCCUCAUCUGUCAGGCACGAUGCUCUUAAAUAUGUUCACAACUCUCGCAUGAAGGAAGGAAUCUCUGUUAGAGAACAUGUUUUGGAUAUGAUGGUCUACUUCAAUAUAACGGAGGUAAACGGUGUUGUCAUUGAUGAAAAAAGUCAAGUUAGUUUCAUCAUGGAGUCUCUUUCAAAGAGUUUCCUUCAGUUCCACACAAGUGCAAUGAUGAACAAGAUUGAAUACAAUCUGACUACUCUCUUGAACGAUCUCCAGACAUACUAG